AUGCCUCCUGGUGGGAAUUGCAUCCAGCCGGGCCGGGGCGGGGGAGCGGACAAGCAGCGGCGCGUCCCCAUGGGUGUCACGCUCCUCCUGCCCUUAGUGGCCGCGGCGGUGGCCGGGCUGAGCCUGCAGCCGGGCGGGACGCAGCACCUGGGGGUCUGCCCCAACCAGCUGAACCCCAACCUGUGGGUGGACGCGCAGAGCACCUGCGAGAGGGAGUGCCAGGCCGACCAGGACUGCGAAGGCUUCGAGAAGUGCUGCACCAACGUGUGCGGGCUGCGGAGCUGCGUGGCCGCCCGCUUCGCUGACGGGAACGCGCCGGCGCCCGCGGCCUCCUGCGAGAGCUUCGUGUGCGCGCAGCAGGGCUCGGACUGCGACAUCUGGGACGGGCAGCCCGUCUGCAAGUGCAAGGACCGCUGCGAGAAGGAGCCCAAUUUCACCUGCGCCUCCGACGGCCUCACCUACUACAACAAGUGCUACAUGGACGCCGAGGCGUGCCUGCGCGGCACCCGCCUCACCACCGUCCCCUGCAAGCACAUCUUCACCUGGCCCGACACCAGCCCGGUGCCGCAGGAGACCACGGCGCGGCCCACGCCGGGAGCUGGCCCCGAGGUGCCGGUGCCCCCCGCGCUCUACAGCAACCCCUUCCACCAGUCGGUGCGGGCGGGGGGCACCGUCAGCUUCCGCUGCGACGUCAGCGGGCGCCCGCGGCCCGACAUCACCUGGGAGAAGCAGAGCGAGCGGGAGGAGAACUUCAUCAUGAGGCCGGACCAGAUGUACGGCAACGUGGUGGUCACCAACAUCGGCCAGCUGGUCAUCUACAACGCCCGCCACGAGGACGCCGGCAUCUACACCUGCACGGCCCGCAACGCCGCCGGGCUGCUCCGCGCCGACUUCCCGCUCUCGGUGGUCCGGAGGGAGCCGGGCGGGACCCCGCGGGCCAGCAGCCCCCAGCCCUUCCCCAGCGCCGAGUGCCUGAAGGAGCCGGACCGGCGGCGCUGCGAGCCCCCCGAGGUGCGCUGGCACUUCGACGCCAAGCAGGGCUCCUGCCUCACCUUCCGCUACGGGGGCUGCGGGGCCAACAGGAACCACUUUGAGACCUACGAGGAGUGCCGGGCUGCCUGCCUGGGCAGCGCCCGCCCCACCUGCCUGCUGCCCAUGGUGCAGGGUCCCUGCCAGAACUGGGAGCCCCGCUGGGCCUACAACCACCUCCUGAAGCAGUGCCACUCCUUCGUCUACGGCGGCUGCGAGGGCAACACCAACAACUUCGAGAGCAAGGAGACCUGCGAGGACGUCUGCCCCUUCCCCAAGAGCCUGCAGUGCAAGGCUUGCCGCCUGAAGAGCAAGAUGGUGCUGAGCCUCUGCCGCAGCGACUUCGCCAUCGUGGGCCGGCUGAUGGAGAUCGUGGAGGACCAGGACUCUGGCAUCGCCCGCUUCGCCCUGGAGGACGUCCUCAAGGAUGAGAAGAUGGGCCUCAAGUUCUUCAACAUCAAGUACCUGGAGGUGACCUUGACCGACAUGGACUGGAGCUGCCCCUGCCCCAACAUGACGGCGGAGGACGGGCCGCUCAUCAUCAUGGGCGAGGUGCACGACGGCAUGGCCACCCUGGACCCCAGCAGCUACGUCCGGGCAGCCAACGACAAGCGGGUGAAGAAGAUCUACGAGCUGAUGGAGAAGAAAACCUGCGACCUCCUGAACCGCUUCCAGGACUAG